GAUAAACAGCAUUGCCAUGAACAUAUUUUACAUAUAAAGAGGAAUUCAAAAUGAUGUUUAAGCAUAUUUAAGUGUUAAUAUCAUAGCAUAAAGAGAAGUAUCCAGUGAGGAGUCCAGUAAAGGAUGUUCAAAAAGGAAAUCUUCAGUAAAGUUUAGAAUAUUUCAGUAUAUUUUAACAAAGAAUAUUGAUGAGUUUAUAGGACUUUUGUAUUUGUGAGUGUCAUGAUCAAAGUUAUCAAGUUCCUGGUAGACUGCUGAUUUCAUUCAUUUUAACACCCUAAGACUGGCGAUGUACUCUGUGUUCUUUGCAUUGAUUGCCAUGAGUGUGCUUCGAGGUUCAUCGGAAACUGAGUUAGGUGAAUUAGUAACUGGCAAGGCACGGCAAUCAUACACUUACAAUAAAUGCACUGCGGACAAGGCGCAAGAUGGCAUAAAGAUAUUCUCCGAGAGUUCCUCAAAUUGUACCUGUAGUGUUACUUUAAACAACAAUGGAUAUGCUUACUGGGAAAUAGACUUGUCCGCAUAUCAUUUAAUAGAGCACAUAGCAGUGACCGGUCGCACAGAUCAUCAGCAAAGUCGAAACCUUGUUGCCUACAUUGGGUAUUUACAAAUGGGAUACAGGACCGGUACAAAGCUGAACGACCCAGAUAUGUCCAAAAUUGGCCUGGAUAUACACCUCGAUCCUCCCCGACUGGCGCGAUACAUCAACAUUAAGAAAUCGGAUAUCAUUGAUGUGAUGACGAUAUGUGAGGUUGAGGUAUUUAAAACAGAAUGCCCUUGUCAACAAUAUGGUGACAAAUGUGAACGGUACUGUCACUGUACUACUGCUACCUGCUGUGACAGUGUACAUGGGCAAUGUCAACAAUGUGAACCAGGACGGAUUCCACCGACAUGUGAAACAGAAUGCGAGAAGGGGACGUACGGUCAGUACUGCAGGCAAACAUGCAAUUUAAAUUGCUUGUACAACCACUGCGAUGCAGUGACUGGAUCUAAAUGCGUGGAGGGUUGCCAGCCUGGUUACAAUUCCUCGGCAAGUGAGGAUUGUUCUAACGAAUGCGAGAAGGGGACGUACGGUCAGGACUGCAGGCAAAAUUGCAAUUUAAAUUGCUUGUACAACCACUGCGAUGCAGUGACUGGAUCUAAAUGCGUUGAGGGUUGCCAGCCUGGUUAUGAUUCCUCGGCAAGCGAGGAUUGUUCUAAAGAAUGCCAAAGUGGUUUUUACGGUGACUGUAGCCAAAAGUGUGGGAACUGCAAAUUCCAGGCCUGUAACAAAGUAAACGGUCAUUGUGAAGGAGGAUGUGAUGUCGGAUUCACAGGAGAAAGAUGUCAACUUGCUUGUUCGAAAGGAACGUAUGGCGAUCACUGCUCCGGCACGUGUAGUUCGUUUUGUUAUAAUGACCGACAAUGCGAUCAUAUCACCGGUUUUUGCGGUAGAGGUUGUGUACCCGGGUAUGAUUAUAAUAUGGAUCCACAGUGCAAUUACCCAUGUAAAGAUGGAACAUAUGGCGCAAAUUGUACUCACAUUUGUGGACACUGUGGGAACGAAAAAGCAUGUGAAAAAAGGACCGGUCAAUGUACAAACGGAUGUGACUUAGGGUUUUCUGGAAGAAUGUGCAAAGAGCCUUGCGUGAACGGGUAUUUCGGAUACAACUGUUCUUCUCCGUGUCAUUGCAAUGGUUCCGAUUUCAAGUGUGAUACCCGCUAUGGAAAUUGCUCCAAUGGUUGUUCAUUCGGAUAUGGAGGAUUCAACUGCAGUAUAGAUUUGGAUAUCAUCUCAAGUGGCGCUGUAAACCCGCGUGCUAAUCAAUCAAGCCAGUAUGAGGAAUGCAACGCUAAAAAGGCUAUUGAUGGAUUGCUCUUCACUAGCGAUGCUGAAAUAUGCGGUACCUGCAGUGCCACUUCUGGAAAUGAGCCACCACAGUGGCAGCUUGAUUUAAGAAGAAAAGUCCUUAUACAAGGAUACAGAAUUUAUGGCCGAACGGGUGAUGAGGCAGGGCAAAGCAGCAAUUUCGAUGUCUACGUCUCAAACAGAUCAGCAGACAGGGAAUCCGUAGAACAUGUCGACUCAACUGCAAAUGAAGACGGAUAUACAAACAUAUUUUCGCUGCCAAGGAUCAUACAGUUUUUAACCUUAACUAGAAAACAAAGCAGUGUUUUGACAAUAUGCGAAGUAAAAUUAUACUAUGGAGAAUGCGAACUUGGCAAAUUUGGGGAGGGAUGCGUCCACGAUUGUCAUUGUGCAAAUGGAGAAAUGUGUGACGGUCUCACGGGUGAAUGUGCCUCACAGAUUUGUAAACGAGGGUGGACAGGAUCCUCAUGUAAUUUUCUCCUCAUCAAAGAUCAACAACCCUUUCCAUUCGGUGGAGUCGCUGGAGGGGCAGUCGGGGUUGUCUUUGGUGCCGCUGUCAUUGUUGGCUUAGGAUUUUUCUUCUACAGAAGGAGAACACGAACUCCGCAAACAACAAAAUCAAGUCAAACGUACGAAAACCCUGGGUUUGGUACACCAAAGCUGAACGUUUCAAACGCAUCGACGGAGAUUUCUGCUCAAAAUUCAGGAGUUGCACAUACAACGGACGAAGAUAACCAUUAUUAUGAGUUUGAAAAUUCCAUACCUGGUAUUCAGGUUCAGAAUCUUUGGGAUUACAUCAGAGACAACAAGAACAAAAAAUGCCAACACUUUUACGACGAGUUUGCGAAGCUACCCAUUGGACUGGUUUAUCAACACAAUGUGGCUGCAAGAGCAGAAUACAUAGGGAAGAACAGAUACAGGGAGAUGUACGCAUAUGACCACUCCCGCGUACCAUUACAGAAGGAAAGGGCUUCCGACUGUGAUUACAUUAAUGCGAGCUACAUAAACGGUUAUGGUAAAGUUCGAAAGUUUAUCGCUUCUCAAGGUCCAACCAAAAACAUGAUCGACGAUUUCUGGCGAAUGGUCUGGCAAGAAAAUGCUGAAAAGAUAGUCAUGCUUACUAACCUGGUUGAAAUGGCGACGGUAAAGUGCCUUCAAUACUGGCCAGAAAUAGACCAAACAUGCUCAUUCGGUGGAAUCGACAUAUCCGUCACUGGUGUUGAGGAGUUUAGAGAUUAUGAAAUAAGAACAAUAAUUACUAAAAAGGCCCAAAGUGAUUCCAGGCGAAUUCAACAGUAUCACUUUAAAGCCUGGCCAGACAAAGAUGUCCCUGACAAUGGAUGGUGUCUUGUUGAGUUUUUGAAUGCUGUCGAAACACAGUCGACAAAUGCACCAAUCAUAGUACACUGCAGUGCCGGUGUUGGUCGGACCGGCACGUUUAUUGCACUUGACAACCUCGUAGAUCAGGCACGGACUGAAAAAUGUGUUAGACCGUUGCAAAUGGUUGAAGCCCUGAGGCGCCAACGAGUCAACAUGGUUCAGACAAAGGAUCAGUAUGUAUACUUGCACGAAGCGCUUGCCGAAGCUCUGCUGAUGGGCACUGAUCACGUCUGGCAUAGACAGUUUGAAGAGGUCCAUCCCUUCAUGAUGGCAACAGAACCGGGAGAGAAACAAACGAGGAUGGUUAAACAGUUUCAGUUGACUGAACAAAGUCUUACAAAUGAAGCCCAGCAAAUGCAGAAUGGACCAGAAUAUGGAAACAUGGAAACAAUUCUUUCAGAAAUUGACGCAUAUCGCCCGAAAUUAAAGAAACGAGGUUUAAAUUUUACACCAAAGCUCGGCGCAAUCCUGUUGCCAAGCUUUUCCCUGAAGAACACGUUAUUGCUGUGUAAAUCACCAUGUGAAGAGCAGCUGGAAGAGUUUUGGUCCAUUGUUGAGGAGCAGCACGUGAUCACCAUCAUAAUGCUUACCUCUACAUCCUGCCGGGCACACAAGACAUGUGUGUACAUGGGCGGAAAUGGAGAUCGAAAAGUUGGACGAUAUUCCGUUAACUUCAUACAAGAACGGAAAAACAAAACGUUCAAUGAAAGGAGCUUUUCGUUUCGGGACGACAACAAUGAGGACGAAGAUUAUCUUACAACAGUAAAACAGUUUCAAUUCACCGCUUGGACUGAAAACGAAACACUUCCACCAAUGCAGAACAUGUUAGACUGCCUCGAUGCUGUAAGAAAAUGGCAGCCGCAUCUAGCCGAAAACAGACCUGUUUUGAUUCACUGCGUGACGGGGCAUGAACGAAGUGGAUUGAUCGCAGUACUUCUAAAUGAGCUUCAUCGCAUGGAAAAGACACGAGGUCAGAUAAACAUCGUGGAGUCUGUAAAGACAAUGAAACAGAGAAACAGGGACAUCAUACCCAAUAUUGUCCAAUAUAAAUUCAUUUACGAUUCACUUUUGGAACAUGUCCAGAACUCAACUGUAUAUGAGAACAUCAAAAGUGCUUGAAUAUCGCAAUGACCCUGGUACUGUGGUGUGCUGCGCUUAAAUAAUAAUUACCGUUGUAUAAGCAGUUAUCAUGCAUAACGAGACAGAUACUUUUUACGUUCUUACUUGAACAUUUGAAACGAGUGCGUGCUGAUGUUGAUGUUUUUAUUAUCAAUAAUCAGGCUUUUUUUCUAUUCUAGUUUUUAUUAUUUUUUAUUAGAUAUUACAAUGCAAAAUGUUUCUCGUGUGUAAUAGUGACGCAUUGUAUUUUUAUAUAUUUGUGUGUUUGGUUGCUAGCAUAGAAAUAUAUUUGGUGAUCAUUUAGUGUCAAGGAAACCGUAAACGUGUCUUGUUUAUAAACACGCAAAUGUGUAACACGCAAAUGUGUAAUACGUUUAUAUGUGUUAUACUUAUAAUGUUUAUUGUAUAUAGUUUGUAGCUAACUGCACAUGCCACAUAGCAUCAUAUAUAGGUGAAGUACGUUAUUUGGUAUACUAUAAAUAUACCACUCAUAAAAGCUACUGAAACAAAUUUCCUUUAGGUGCACUUCUAGUACUUUAGAAACAUAAGUACUCUGAAAUGAAAUGACAUGUUGUAGCGUUCACUGGCCUUUAGAUUGUUAAAAACGUUUGUUAAUACAUUGCACUAGAGAUUUAACUGUUGUAUUGAAAUGUACAUAAUGAAAACUUUGUUAUUGUUACUGGCCGCAUGUAUACUCGUAAGUGUUCAUGAUAAAUUCGAUUGUCCUGCAAAUAUUCAUCACUUUAUCAACGAAAUCCCAAAGCAUGUUGUGUUUCAUGUUGUAUAUAUUCUUUGUAAUAAUAAACUAGAAAUACUUAUGUAGGUCGGAGACCAAUAAAUUUAUUUCCUAUAUAUUCUGAAGUAAAAUGACCAAUUUGCACGAAAAAUGAUUUAAAGCGUUUCAUGUCACAACCAAACGACCUACGAUCCAUGUUUGGAGUCGGCUUCGCAAGUGCUAAAGGUUUAACUAUCAAGUAACCAUAAUCACUCUUUAACAAUAUGCAUAAAAGGUAAAAAGGCAUAUCAUAACUGCUAUAAAAGUUUUCAUUGUAAGCAUUCAAAACUGCUAUGAUUACAAGGAUCAUAAAAUAACGUUGUUUCAUUGAAUUAAAAUCACAUCAACCAUCAAUCUGAUCGUUAAUUACAAGCCUUUGUCUCUAAUAAAACGACUUUGGAAAGAACAAUACUGUAUAUAAUUAUAAUGCUUAUGUUCAUAUCACAGAAUACACUAUACUGUAAGGGUAAUUGACAGGAAUCGUUUUCGGAUUUUAUUAUCGCUUACACAAAGUUGCUUCACCGUAUAAGCUUAACAAUAAUAGGCUGUUGUUCAGAUAUGGUCGUUAUGUUUAUAAUAAAACCAUUGCUCAUGGCUGUAAUUUAUUUCAUCGUUCUAAAAACAACAGAUCGUGGUCACUGGGUUCCAUCGACAAAGCAUGCAAAGCGGGGUUUUGGAAGUUUUUCAUUGAUUAUUUAGUGACAUGUAUAAACUAUAAUAUAUCAAGUCAUAAACGGUAAUUAGAGAAAAGCACACUGAGAUACGGUGUAAAGAAUUGUUUUGCUUUUGCUAUGAAUUUGUUUUAACAUGAUCGGCUGAAAUUUGUUUAGAACUUUUGAACUUCGAUGUACUAAUCGGUUUGUCAUUUUAUCGAUUUUGAUUAGUGUUAUCACUUUCGUAAUGGAGACCAUCAAGACAUGCAAAUCAUAUAUCUACAAAUACAAAUGCCAACCCAUCUGAGACUAUUGGUUGGGUUGCUUUCCUUUUACUGAUUGGCAAGACGUAUUGGAUGUUGCAUAACAAUUUCUGAAAGCUACAUGGUAAAAUCCCAUAUAAGCUUAGCAUCCAUUAUCUAGUAAAUACCAUAUUCCAGCAAUUCAAUGAUAUAUUCAGAAGUAAUAUCCUUCAGGGUUAAAAGUCCAUGAAACCGCGCGGUCAGUGCGGACAAGUAUUUUGUCGCAUUCUUUCGUUAUUGAUUUUCAGUAUUUCUACGCCAACGCUUUAAAAUAUUUGAAAUUGUGCGUUCACUAAUGUUUUUUACAUUAGUAUUUUGUGUGGGCAAAUGACAAUCGGUUCUUUUUUUAUUUUGUGUUCAUUGAUUUUACAUGGGUCGAUUCUGACGAAUGCACCAAAUAAUAGUUCCAUACAGUAUAUUUCAGCUAGUCUAUUUUUCCACCAAAUUUGUGUCAGCAGUAAAAUAUAGCAUAUAAACGUGGGCAAAUGAAAAUUGAAAAAAACACAUACAUUUUUUUUUUCAUUUUACGUUGACCGAUUCUGACAACUAAAAUCAAACAAGGACGUGAGAUGUCCUUUUUCAAUAUUUAAAGCUUAAGCUUGUUCUGUAUAUUUAUAUAAUUAAAGCUAUUCUACCCUUGAAACUAUACCAAAAUAAUAUUCGGCACAACCAACAGUACAAUUUAAGGAAUGUUGGUUUAUUUCUAGAGUGAAGGUGCAUAUGAGUUUACGAAUUCUCCGUUAUGUUCGAAUGAUUUUUAUUUCAUGUAGAACAGUUUUAAUUGUUCAGCAUUUUUCAAAGUUAAAUUUUGUCCUUUGUAUUUAUUUGAGUAGCAAAAUACUGUAAACUGUUGGACAAAACUAUGUCGAUAUGAUGUACGCGUGUAUUUCAUCUUAGAGGCUGUCUACACCAGCAAUUGGAUAAAAAUGAUUUUCUUUAUGAUCUGGUCAACGUUGUCCGAAAUGUUAAUCAAUUGGUCGAUAUAACGUUUUAGAUAAGUAUCGAGCAAUCAACUCAUUGAUAAAUAUAGUUGCCAAAAGAUAAACUGUAGACAACAAAUAUUCAUACAACUGCAACCAAUUGAAUAGAUGUGGGAUAAGCUGUCCACAUAUUUUCUUAUGGCCAAUAGGUUAUGUAUGCGGAGAACUUUGAACCAAACCAAAAAGAUAACCGAUUUUAUCAAAUUGGCUGAUGGUUACUGUAAGUGAUGUUUGAACUAUUUUUCGUGAACAGUAAGACAGAUCAUCAUUUAAGGGUAAACUCAACGAGUAAAACGCCAAAUGUAGUAUACACAUUGUUUUCGGCCUUGAUUGUUUUUGGUAUAAUACUGUCCUGCUUUGUUUUCCUUCUUAUCAUUGAGGCCAAACCUAUUUCGGAACAAUCAGCUGACGGUAUAGAAAUAGAGGGAUGCUGUUGACUAAUGUCUGACCAUAUAGAUAAAGAAGGAAAUUCUUACUAAAGAAAAAAAAGUAGUAGGAAGAGUUUAUUUAUAUUUCAUGGCGUACUAUUUGUUUGUUAAAUAUUAAUUUUAUAAUGAAACUUUAUUAAAGUGUAUUGUAGUUUAUAUUUUUAUAUUUUAUAAGAGCGUUAAGUUGCAAGCCAUAGUUUCAUAUAUUGCCGCCCUACAAUAA